GGUCCGUGUUCAGAUCUGGCCCUGGGGGAGUUUUGGGGGCUGAGGCUGGAGCCGUGGGAACCUGUGAAGUGCGGGGGGGGGGGGACGACAAUCUGCUCUCUGGCAGAAUUUGCUACUGGGGUUGUGCUGCGCGUGCUCAGUAACAUCCGCUGAAGCCACGGGCCCCCCCCCGCCCUUCUCCCUGCCCUUACUUGCCAUCCCAGCCUGUGUACCGCUUUUUACAGGGGGUUAAAAAGAGGUGAAAAGAGGGUAAAACCCAUCCCAGGCGGGGGAGCGGGGGCAGUCACCGUGGUGGGGCUGAGCCCCCCCGUGUUGGCAAUAAUGGGGGGGGGCAGAGGGGCUUUUUAUGACCCCUCCCCCAGAGGGCACCUCUCAGCCCGGGCUGCCCAGGGCGGAUGCUUCAAUGCCCGGGCCGCCCCCUGGCCAGUCACCGACUGGGGGGCUGCCGGGGACUGGAUUCAGGGAAAUAUUUUGCAUACUCCCCCCUCAGAAACAAAGACUCCCGGAUCAGGGCGUCUGGCUGCGUAAAGUCUCCGCGCGGUUCCCAGAUUUGUCUGGUCGGCUGCCGGGAGUCCCCGAAUGGGGCUCCCUUCCUUGGGCUCUGUUUGCAAGAGCCCUUUGCCCCUUUUUACCGAUCCCUUUUCUGAAAGGUUCUCUUCGUUACCUUAAUAGCACGUCCUCACGUACCCGUCCUGUCACUGAGCAGGAGCCCCCCCGAGAGCGUCGGGCCCCUCUGGGCAAAGAGAGAGAAGCCGCCAAAGCCGAGGAGCAGCGGCAAAGCCAGGAGCUGCUGAGCCGGACGGCAGCCGAGAGGCAGAAGAUGGUCUGGGAGUGGCGGGAGCUGCGAGGGUUUCUGGCGGAGCAGGAGCAGCGGCUGCUGUCCCGGCUGGAAGAGCUGGAGAGAGCCAUUGUCCAGAGAAGGGAUGCGGGCGUCUGCCGAGGGUCCCGGGAGAUUUCCCUGCUCGGGGAGCGGGGAGGAGAGAAGGGGCAGCCGCCGCUGAGCCAACCCCUGCAGGGUGCUGGGAGCACUGGGGGCAGCAGGGAGGACGGGGCGUUUCGGGAGCCGGAGCCAGGGUUUGCGGAGCUGGAGAGGAGACUCAGCGAUUUCUCUCUGACAAGUGCCGUCCUGCAGGAGGUGCUGCUGGGAUUCAAAGAGAUGCUGCGACUGGAGCUGGGCAGCGACACAGGUGGCAGAGUAAUACGCACCUUUGGCUCCAGAUUGUCCCAGCCUCUCACGGGACGGGGAAGGGGACUGGCUGUCGUGGAGCCAGUCCAGGGGCCGGUGACCUUCGAGGAGGUGGCUGUGUAUUUCACCAGGGAAGAGUGGGCUCUGCUGGACCCCCGUCAAAGAGCCCUCUGCAGAGACGUCAUGCAGGAGAACUACGAGAAUGUGACCUCGCUGGCUGGUGAUGCAAUGGUGUGUGAGAAAGAAGAGCAGAAUUUUCAGCAGGAAGAUGCUGAGCAAGUGGAUAAACACAGAGCAUUAUUGCAAAGAUCGGAAAGGAAUGAGUCCAGGAGUCGUGAGCAGGGAAAAUCCUGUGAGAAUCAGCACAGACCAGAAAAAGAGCAGGGAAACCAACCAGGAGAGAAAGUGGAUAAAUGUAUUUCCUGUCAGGGAACUCAGAAGGACCUGAAGGAAACCACAACACAGGAGGAAAUCCUCAGGAGAAAGAGAAAAAAUACAUGCACUGAGUGCGGGGACAACUUAUGUGACUAUUCAGCCCAUAUAAAACAUCAGAGAAUCCACACAGCCUUGCUUUUUCCCCAUCCCUCCAUGAUGACAUGGAGACAGUUCAAGUGCAGUUCUGUCAACAGGAGAGAACUCUCCCAUUUACUGGACAUGCUAACAAAGAAAAAAUGGUGAUUUAAAAUCUCCGCUCGGAAAUGGUGAACAACAGCAGAACCCCAACUAACAGAAGGAAGUGCAUAUGAUCACAGUGUCGUUCAAUUGUUUAAGGCAAUACUGUCUCAGAUGAUCUGGGGAGAGAAUUCCAUGGUAGGUGAUUUUCAACUAGGCAAAAUGCCCUUGUAUUUGGUUCCCAAAGCAUGUGUAACUCAGGCCCUACAGAAGAUCUCUCCUAGCUAAUUCUGUGGCAUAGGGAAUGGUCCUCUUCAUGAUGCAGAUGUUGAGGAAAUAGAAGUGGGGUUUUUGUUGAAUUUAUCCUUUAUAGGUGCUAAAAAUGUUUAUAAAAUGAAAGCAGUGUGGGAAAUCUAAUAGCUUUAGAAAAAUAGCAAUUUUUGAAUAGAAACUCCAGCUCUGGUAACUAACAGAGAUUCUGAUCCAGCCCUGUAUCCAAUCCCUUGCCUGGAACUGUGCCACCAAAUUAAAGAAAAGCUGGGUAUGGUUUGGGAAGCCAUUCCUCA